CCUCUCACUAAAUUCACUCCGCGCCUCUCUCUCUCUCGCUCGCUCGCUCUAGAACCCUACCUCCCACCUGUCUCCUCUCUCCUCACUCGACACCCUUCUUUCUCUCUAUCUCUCUCUCUCUCUUCAAAUUUGGAUCGCCCGCGUUCAAUUCACGCCCUCACUCUUCAAAACCCUAUAUCUGUCUAUCUCUUUUUCUCUCUCUUUCUAAUUUGGCCAUUGUUGUUAAUUUUCUCUCUCCUCGAUUUCGGACCACAACAAACCCUAUUUUCUCUGCAAACUAUUUAGCUACACCAUGAGGAAGGAUACGAAGAGAAAGGCCAGCCAAAAGGUGGAGCCGAAAUCUACAGAAGAGACCACGAGCAAAGAGGCGAGCCAAUCUAAGGUUACAGAAGAGACUACGAGCAAAUCUAACGUGGAAACAACAACCUCCAACAAGGAGUCAAGCAAAGCUGGUAGAAGAGCUAAGCGAGUCAAGGCUUCCAGGCCUGAAUCCGAGCCCCAGUUCUUUCCUGAAAAGCGUAAUUUGGAAGACCUAUGGCAACAGGUUUUCCCAGUUGGGACGGAGUGGGAUCAGUUGGACCAUGUUUAUCAGUACAAGUGGAAUUUCUCAAAUCUAGAAAAUGCAUUUGAAGAGGGUGGAGAACUAUAUGGGCAAAAAGUCUACCUUUUUGGUUGCACUGAGCCUCAAUUGGUCUUUUUCAAUGGUGAAGGAAAAGUAACCUGCAUACCUGUUGUAGUUGCUGUUGCAUCUCCUUUUCCACCUUCUGACAAAAUCGGGAUUAACUCUGUCCAAAGGGAGGCCGAGGAAAUUGUGCCCAUGAAGCAGAUGAAGAUGGAUUGGGUCCCAUACAUUCCAUUGGAAGACAGAGAUUCCCAAGUUGAAAGACUCGCAUCACAAAUUUUUAUUCUAAGCUGUACGCAAAGAAGGGCUGGUUUAAGACAUUUGAAGUUGGAGCGUGUUAAGAAAUUUGAGUACUGCUUACCUUAUUUCUAUCAGCCCCUUACGGAAGAUGAACUUGAACAGAGCACCAUUGUGCAAAUCAUAUUUCCAGCUGAAGAAAAGCCAGUAUUCUGUGAGUUUGAUUGGGAGCUCGAUGAACUAGAGGAAUUUACUGAUAAGCUCAUUGAGGAGGAAGAGUUGUCUGAAGAUCAGAAGGAUGCUUUUAAGGAUUUUGUGAAGGAGAAGGUUCGUGAAGGGAAACGAGCUAAUCGUGAGGCAAGGGAAGCACGGAAGAAAGCAUUAGAAGAAAUGAGUGAGGACACAAAGGCUGCAUUCCAGAGUAUGAAGUUUUACAAGUUCUAUCCCAUGCCAACGCCUGACACUCCUGAUGUCUCCAAUGUCAAGUCUCCAUUUAUAAACAGAUAUUACGGGAAGGCUCAUAAAGUUCUGUGAUUUGAUGCCGAGGACCAAUUGUAUGCAGAUCAUAUAUCCUAUACUUGAGGAGAAAACUAAUUUUCUCAUUUGGGAUUCAGAAGAACCCAGCCUGAGGUUAUUGAUUUGGUUCUUCUUCUAAAUGUAAACCCGUAGUUUUUAGAAUCAUUAGAGGAAGAAAGAAUAGAUAAAGAGAAUAAUAAUAAAGUGGUCUUAAUACCAUCGGAUAUUUGUAGGAUACAAUGCCGAGGCAUCCAAUUUUGGGAACUGUUUAUUUGGCAUGAUCAGUAGUUGGGAAUUAUCAGUUUAGUUUGGUUUAAUCUUCCUCAGUAAUUUUUUUUUUGUUGUUGCAAUACCUUCGUUCUGUAAUUUUGUUUUUGCCCAGAAAAAAGAGACCUUAGUUGUGUAAUAUUGGGAGUUGAGUUCUACAACAUUAUGAAUGGGAGAAUUAGUUUAUUGAAUCAUUUUAAGAGCCUUUGGGGGGGAUCAUAUAUCU